UGAUGGCUCACUGGUGCUUCUCCAGUCCAUUGCUGGAACAUUCUGCAGAGCAAGUUUGGAAGACCUUUUGGAGCGAUACUUCCAGGUUAUCACAGGACAGUUAGACACGGAUAACUUCAACAUACCCAUUCUCCACCGGUGUUUGAGUCACAUCAUGAAGAACGCAAAGGAUCUUUGCAAAAAGAGACUACAGAAACACUACAAACUUGGCACGUUUUUGGAUUACUGGCCUGUUCUUCCAACUUGAAAGACAUGGAUGGCAUCAUUAUAAGUGCAACAGCUGUUUUCAUGCAGUGGACCAGAAGUGAACAAACACCUGCAGAACCUCAAACUGCUGAUCGAUCAGACGGGGAAUGGGGAUGCUGAAGGCAACAGGUUCUCUGAGCAGAAACGUUAGCAAACUUAAAAUAUCUCCUGAAAACGGCAGCUCUCCGUGGAUACUAAAACUUUGAGAGCGUGGGUGGGAAACCGUCCAGAAGUGGUGGCUCAUCAUUUGCGACCUCUCGAAAACUCAGAAGUUGAUGUUUUUGAACCGUAGCGGUGAGUGAGAGGACGCUAGCAUCAACUAGCUAGCCGGUCGUCACGGCAACGCUACAAGAGCGUCUCUCAGCAUGGGCCCGAAAAAAGUUCUGUCAGCUGAGGAAGGUGACGAUAUUAAGAAGUCGCUGGAGUUUAUGACAGAGGAGAUUUCUACUGUCAAACUGCAGCAGAAAGCCAUCCUGGACCUGGUCGAGGAAGUUAAGGCUCUCCGCAUCCAGAACGCCGAGAAGGAUCGGCGGCUGGCGUACCUGGAGAACAGAGUGGCGGAUUUGGAGCAGUACACCCGGAUGAACGAUGUUAUCAUCACGGGGCUUCGCAUCAAACCUCGGUCAUACGCCCGGGCGGUCGCCGCUGACAAUGUAGGAGGGCCAGGAGAGGAAGAUGUCAACUCCACGGAGCAUCAAGUGGUCACCUUUCUACGGUCCAAAGGUGUGGAAGUGGAUUAUAACAACAUUGAGGCUUGCCACCCUCUACCCCGAAAAAAUGACAGUGACAAACCAGCCAUCAUUGUGAGAUUUGCAAACAGAAAACACAAAACAGCACUGUUAAAACAAGGAAAGAAACUGAAAGGAUCCGAUGUCUUCAUGAAUGAACAUCUGAUAAAAAGAAAUGCGGACAUUGCCAGGAAAGCACGUUACUUGAAGAAACAGGGAAAAAUUCAAAAUACAUGGACCACCAACUGCAAAGUAUUCGUUAAACUCAAUGGAACACCGGAACAAGCCAAAGUAUUGGUCAUCAGAAAUAUGGAGGAGCUGGACAAAUACUGAGGUUCAACUUACACUGGAGGUAUGAAUACACAUGUGACGUGACACACAACACAACACAUGGCACAG